AUGAAAUUUAGUAAAAAAUUAUAUGAAAGAGCCCACCCAAAAUAUAGGGAACAUUAUAUUGCAUAUAAAGAGUUAAAAAAAGUGGUAAAAUUAAUAACUGGUAAGGACACUUCCACAUAUACAAUUAAAGAAGUUACUAGUAAUUUUGGAAAUAUAAGAGCAUUAAGUGGAACAGAAUAUAAAUCAACUGAAUCAAGAUUUCAAGAUAUAUUAAAUUCUGAAUUAGAUAAAAUUAAUAAGUUUACAUUAAAUAUAAUUAAAGAUUGGUUUAAUGAAGCAGAAUUCUAUUAUAAAAAACUAAAAGAAGAAUGUUUUUUAGACUUAAAAAAUGUUGAAAAUAAACUUAAUGAAUUAGGUGAUACUUUGAUAUUUUUGGAAAGUUAUAAAAAUAUAAAUUUCAUUGGAUUUCGUAAAAUAACUAAAAAAUUUGAUAAACAUAGUGAUAAAAAUGUAAGUUCAUCCUUUUAUAUAAGUGUUGUAAUAAAAAGUUUUUUUAUGAAUUUUGACAUGAAUUUUUUGGUAUGUAUAUUAUCAAUAUGCUAUAAAUACUUUAGAAUUUCGAAAAAUAAGCAUAAUGAUAUAGAUCAAAGAUCAUUAAAAGAAAUUAACUCGAAUAAAAGUGGAAUAAUAGAAAACGAUGAUAAUGAUAAAAAUCAUAAUUCUCAAGUUGAGAAGGAAGAAAAAAAAUUAAAUGAAAGUAGCUUACAUAACAUAGAAGGCGUUAACAGUUAUCCCAUAAAUAAAAAUAGUGAUUUUAUAAGAGAUGAAAAAGGAGGAAAUAACAUUAGGGAAGAUGAGUUGAAUAUUAAAAAUGCCAAAUAUAUUGUUAAGUUACAAGAUCUAAUAUCUGUAAAAGUAGAAAUUGCAAAACAUUUUACUUUUCGAUAUUAUGACUUAGAAGAAUACGAAUUUAUACCAAAUAUUAAAAGGUUUAUAGAAAUGAUAUCUACUAAUAAAAUUCAAAAUUAUAUGAUUACCAUUUAUUUUGACGAUUCUAAUUUAAGUACUUAUUAUAAUUUUGUAAAUAGAAAUAUUCAUCAUGUAAAUGAAUUUAUUCGAAUACGCUCAUAUAAUUAUAUAAGAGGAAGCAAGCACGAAGAAAAGACGUCGCUUCAACGUUUUAAUAUAUAUGAACCUAGUCAUGAUAAUAGUGAAAAAAAUAUUUUAUUGAAAGAUUUAUCUUCUAUUAAUUUAAAAAUAGAAAAUAUAAAUGACUUGCACAAAUUAAAAGAAAAUAUUAUACAUAACUCUUCAAAAAUAAAUAAGAAAGAACAAGAAGACAAAAACAAUGAAGAAAAUAUCACUAUAACUAAUAAUGUAGAUAUGGAAAAAGAAAAAAAAAAGAAAAAAGAUUAUUUAAUGAAAAAUUUUAGUGAUAAUAGAAAUAAUAUAAAUGAUAGUUUCCUCUUGCAAAACAAAGAUUAUUUUAUGGAGUUUAUGAAAGAAAUAGAAACAAAAAAGUUGAGAAGUUAUGUAAAAAGUAAAUUCAAUAGAUUAUAUUUUAAUGAUGAAAAUAUUUCUGGUUAUAUUGAUGAAAAUAUAUGUUAUUGGGCUCAUAAUGAUAAAAAAAACAUAUAUAAAAAUGAGGAAAGUGAUGAAGAGGAAGAGGAAGAGGAAGAGGAAGAAGAGGAAGAAGAAGAACAUAGUUCUAUUAGCAAAAGCGAAGAUUAUAAUCAACGCAAAAACUCAAAUAAUAAAAAUUUAAAAAAAAAUUAUUUAAAAGCUCAUAAAAAUACAAGUAAUAAAAAAUAUUCAUAUUUUGACUAUGCUGUUAUUGAUAUUAGUACAAGAGAACAAAAUAAUAGAGACUUUAUCUUUAAGUUAAAUCAUUUAGGCAUAGCAAGAGAAAUUUGGGGUUAUUCAUCUUUUCUUCAAGGAAUUUCUUUAUUAUACCCUAAUUGCAUAUCUACUUAUCCACACUGGAGAAUUUACACAUGUACAGAGCUUACGAAAUUUGAAGUCACUGAAAAUUCAAAGAAGAAAAAAAACAAAAAAAAUAAAAAAAACAAAAAAAAUAUCAUAGAGGGUAAUGAUAAAAGUGAUAUUAGCUUAAAUGAAAACAUUAAUAAUUAUAAGAAACAAAUAAAACAACAAAGUUACAAAAUAAAAGAUGAUUAUAAAAAAAGCAUUACAUAUACAGGUGCUUCUGCAAGAAUUGCGCAUGAAAGUGAAGUGUUAUUUAGAAAUGAAAUAGAAAAAAAUAAACCCUCUGUUGAUAUCGAUUUUAGUCAUUAUAAUAAUAAAGCACAUUUUUCUAAUAAUUCUAAAAUUUUACCUAUAACUAAAGCAUCUUUAGGAAUGGAUAAUAAUCUAUAUGAGCCUCUUUUGGACCCAAUUGAAGAUAGAGCUUACGAAAGAACAAAAUCCUCAUCAGGCAAAAUUUUUUCUUUUUUUAAAAAUUUUUUCUUCAAGAAAAAUAACUCUAUUCACAAUAAAAGGCCAAAAAACUCGGUAGUUAGAGUAGAACCCAAAACUUUUUUUGCCAAUGAAAGAACUUUGUUACAAUGGUUAAAUACUAGUGUAUUACUGUCUACUAUUUCUAUAACUCUUCUUAACUUUUCUAAUACUUACGGUUUUACUUCUGGAGUUAUUAUGGCACCUGUAGCUAUUUUUUUCAUUCUUUAUUCCUUCUAUAUUUAUUUAAAAAGAGCUCGAGCUCUAAUUAAUAAAGAGCCCAUUAAUUAUACUGAUAAAUUUGGUCCAGGUGUUUUAGUGAUAACUUUAACUUUUGCAUUAUCUACCGUUGUCAUCUUAAAUAUUUAUAGUCGUUUGAAAAAUGAUACAUAA